AUGUGUGGGCGUUUACUUUUUUUUUUUACUGUCUCUAUCUCCCUGUCUCCCUCCAUUCGUCCAUCUCCCACUCUUUUAUAUAUUAUUGUCUUUCUUUUCAAUUUUCUUUCUAUUUUAAUUUUCUUCCUUUUCAAAUUUUAUUUUUUUUUUUUUUACAUCUCCUCCCCUUUUCUUUCUUUCUUCCUUUUUGGUCACAUUUUUUUCUCUUUCUAUUUUACUAUUUUUUUCCUUACUUUUAUUCUUUGCUUCUUUUUCAGCUUUAUCCUCUUCUAUUUUUUUUUCUUUUUUACUGAUUUUUCUUUCUUUGUUAAUUUUUAUUUCCUAUUUUGUAUAACCUCGUUCUUUUUUAUUCUUUCUUUCGUUUCUUUAUCUUUUUAUUCUUUUUCCUUUCUUUCUCUUUUUUCUUUCAUUUUCGUUUCGUUCUCUUUCUAUCUUUCUUUUUCGUUUCUUGUUUUUUUUUUUAUUGCUAUUUCGUUUUCUCUUUUCUCAUUCUUUUUAAUUUAUUUCUCUUCCUUUUUUUUCUUUUUAUCUUCUUCCUAUCUCGCCAAUUUAAAUAAUCUUUUCUUUCUUUUCUUUUCUCUUCUUUAUGUUCCUUUCUUUUUUCUCUCUUACUUUUUUCCCCCCACUGUGCUUUUUCUAUAUUUUUUUUUCUUUUCGUUUUCUUUUUCACCGCUUUUCGUUUUUGUCUAG